AGUGUUUGGUCAGGGAUGGUCUUUUGACUAAGGAGGAAUUCUCAGAAUCUGGUUCACUGUCUCUUGUAGGGACCAGAGCUCAAGGUCAAAAUGGGGAAGGGGGGCAGGAGUCCAUUGGGAAUCAGGAGGGGGAGUCCUGAGCCUAGCAAGAAGAGAAAGUCCUGGUGGUCUCAGACUCGAUGGCUUCAAGGUUACUUUGGGGCACCCGUGGUCCAGGCCUUGAAGGCCUGUGGGCGUGUGGGCCCAUGCUCCAUGGCAACCAGAGGAGGUAUCCCUUCUGAGGAGCAGGCUAUUGGCUUGGAGAGGGAGAUGAUCCUGGCCGCAAGGAAUGAUUUGGAGCCAUACAAUAUGCUAGCACCAAAGACAGCUCCAGAGACUAAGAGGAGCCCAACCUCCAUCCCUUCCAUCCCUGACAAGCAGAUAGCGAGCUGUAUCUGUGAAGAGGACAGCAGUGCGGUCAUCUGGUUCUACCUUCACAAAGGCAAGACACGAUGUUGCCCUAACUGUGGAACCCAUUACAAGCUGGCACCCCACAAGUUCAGCCACUGAACCCCUGGACUGGUUUCCUUGAGAUGUGUUGUAAU